GAAAGCAGCGCGAGAGGAUCUUGAAGAAGGAGCAGGACAGAAGAAGAUGGAGAGAACUGGCAGAGCAGAGAGAGCGACCGACUGACAGACGGGCUCACUCGCUGACAGGCUCUCAGGAACAAGAACCGCGAGCAGAGGAUCCGAAUUCCGUGCACCGAAGCGUUCACCAUCACGGGCCGAUUCGAAAUCGGCGAAUUGCGGACGUAAUUCGCAAGCGGCGAGACGCUCGUUCCUUUUCUUGAUCCCGCCGGAGUUGUAUUCUAGUCCGCUCUCGUUGUUUGGGUUCGGUGAAGUGAAGUUUCGUGCGACAUUGAAGGAAGCGAUGGGAAUUCCGUGUGUGAAUGUGGUGGAAGAAAGUUGAGGUUCUGUCAAGAGGAACGGAGGCGGGUACUAUGAAAUGGUGGGGAUUUCGGCUCCUGAAGCAGGAGAGAGGCUUAGCGGGGAAUUAGCAUGGGAGUUCAAUUUGUCAGAGAGCAGGCUUCCAUCAGGCUUGGUGCCAGCAGGAGUUGUUUUCCCACCUCCAUCUGUUGUAGCUCGAAUUUCUCAUUCCCCCAUAGUUGGCUGCAGUUGGUAAUUGGUUACCAUGGACAACCCCCUGCUACAUCACGCCCCUCCUUCUCCACCUCAUGACAGUACCCCUCCCGAGUCUGUCCUGGACUCUUUUCCCCUCCACGUGUCUUUUGAUCAUGGCUACUUCAUGACGGUGAGAGCAAUUCAAGAACUCCGUGAGAAGAAGAAGGGGUCUGUUUCCGUUGGUAUUGGUGGACCAAGUGGAUCAGGAAAGUCCAGUUUGGCAACGAAGAUUGCAUCUGUGCUCGGAGGUGCCUUGAUACCGAUGGAAAACUAUUACGACCCCUCGCUUUCUACCGAUGAUGGCAACGACUUCGAUUCGAUGGAUUUUCAGCUAUUGUUACAAAACCUGGAGGAUCUGAUGAAAGGGAAUAGUAUCAUGAUGCCUCAGUUUGAUUUUCAAGAGAAAAGGCGGGCCGGUUUCAAGCCAGUGAAAGCUCCCAAGUCAGGUGUGGUGCUUGUUGAAGGCACGUAUGCCCUACACUCAAAGCUGCGGUUGUCAUUAGACUUAUGUGUUGCAGUGGUAGGGGGUGUGCACUUCAAUCUGCUCUCAAAAGUUCGACGGGACAUCGGAGAAAGUUUAUCCCUCGACUAUCUUAUAGAUAGUAUAUUUCCCAUGUUUCGGAAACAUAUCGAACCCGAUCUCCAUCAUGCGCAGAUAAAAGUCAGCAACAGUUUUGCAUCACUGUCCCUACGAGAGCCUUCAUACAUCAUGAAGUGCGAUAAAGAGACUUUGAAGACCCCUGUCGAGAUUCUUUUCAAAUCGACCGAAGUGCGUCAUGAGAAAUACAUUGAAAUGUAUCUCAGACCUCCUCUCAGUGUUGAAACGGUGAAGACUAGUGAUUGGAUAAGAAUGCGGCAGUGUGGCAUCAAAUAUGACCUGGCUGAAGGAGAUCAAAGAAUAGUAGAUAAACACUUCAUUAUUAAACCCAGGGUGGAAUUUGAGGUAGGAAAGACAACGCUCGGUGGAUUACUUGCCUUAGGCUACCAGGUAGCUGUAAGUUAUAAACGUGAGUCUACCAUCAUCGACAACGGCAAGGUGCUUAUUUCUAUUGAGGUUAUCGAUGAUUUGGAAAGAACGUUCGUCCAAGUGAAGGGUUCUGAUCGCAAGGUGGUUGCCUGCGAGGCUGAACUUAUGGGUAUGGAUGGACCUUGGAUUACCAAAUCAUACAUGGAAAUGGUGUUGGAGACCAAAGGUCUUCCACGACUGGAUUCACCUCCGCUUCCGUUAUCAACAUCUAUAUUUACCAGAGCCUCGUCAGGACAAGCAGUGGAUUCACUCAAAGAUCGGAAUAUAAUUUCACCACAACCCCUUCGCCUCAAGCCCUCUCCAUCAAUAAAUACUGUUGACACGUCAGAUACCUGGACAAGAUCUCCUACGAAGUCCGAAGAUGAACCGAUAGUUGGUUCAUGGCACGUUACGAACGAAGCUGAUGCAGAGGAAGUCAUGUCAGCCAAGACUAUAGACAGGCUUUGGACAGGGGCGAUUUUUACGGCAGAUUCUGAUAAACCUCCGUCGACGAGUGGCAUAGAUCGACAAAUUUUGAUGGGCUCUAGAGACACAAUCAAACUUCUUCCCAUGGCAGACACAUUUGACUUUGACAGGGGCCUUCUGUUAGCGGUCCAAGCAGUCCAGACACUUUUGAAUGCGAAAGGUCCAAUUGUGGUGGUUGGAAUUGGUGGACCAAGUGGUUCCGGGAAGACAAGUUUUGCUCGCAAAAUGGCAAACAUUGUUGGCUGUGAGAUGAUAUCAAUGGAAAGUUAUUACAAAGCUGACAAAGUUAAGGAUUCUAUUUAUGACGACUUUAGCUGUCUGGACUUGCCUCUUCUUCUCAGGAACAUCGAAGAUAUCAAAAGGCUCCGUCCAACGAUGAUUCCCUCGUUUGAUUUUGAGAAGAACACUCGGACUGGCUCUGUGAAGCUAGAAGUGUCUGAAGAUUGUGGAGUGGUUCUCGUGGAAGGGGUGUAUGCGUUGCAUCCAGAUAUACGACCCUCUCUUGACAUCUGUAUAGCUGUCGUUGGAGGCGUUCAUUCUCAUCUUGUUGAGAGAGUUCAGCGCGAUCUGGAAUUGAACGGGGAUUCCUUGUCUCAACAAGAAAUCAUGACAACACUAUUUCCUAUGUUUGAAAGACACAUUGAACCUCAUUUGGAGCAUGCUCAUCUUAAAAUCAGUAAUGAUUUUGAUCCGGUUCACUCUCCUCAAAACUCAAUGUUUGUUUUGAAAAGCAGCAAACAGGUGACUUAUGAGGAGAUUCUGGAAGUUCUUGAUCAAGAGAGAAUGUCAAAAACGAUACAAACUUUCACAGACAUAUAUUUUCAUCUUCCUGGGCUUCCAUCGGAUGGUAUCUGUACAGAGAGUAAUUCCAUCCGAGUCCGUAACUGUGAAGGCCGCUUUGCCCUGCUAAUUCGAGAGCCGCUCCGAGAGGGUGACUUCAUUAUCCAACCCAGAGUUGACUUCGACAUAAGUGUUCGAACAGUUGCAGGUCUUCUGACUCUUGGCUACCAAGCUGUAGCUUGCAUUGAGGCGACAGCAAGGACUUAUCAGGAUGACAAGCUGCUUGUGGAGGUAGAUCACUUAAAGAAUAUCGAGACUCCCUACAUUCAGAUCAAAGGCUCCAAGAAGGAAGCAGUAGCAGCUGCUGGGCAAAAGCUAAACUUGGAAGGCACCUACACAACCACUGCUUAUAUAGAAAUUAUCAUAGGCAAUAAUUUUGCUCCGGACCAAAAUAUCGGAAUGCGGGAUACACAAGCAGCAAGGUUACAGGAGAUCGUCGAAUUUGUUCAGGCUCAGGGUGCGCUUGCAGGGUCAGCGUCAUUGGUUAGUCCUGUCUUAAGUAUCGAGUGCAAGGUGGAGGCAUUGGAAAUGAGGCUUCGCAGAUUGGAGAACUGGCAACUGAUCAACACUGUUCUUUGGACAUUUUUCAUGUCGGCAUUUGCUGGAUACAUGUUGUAUCAGCGAUCACAGCGAACUCACUCGUAGGCUUACUUUUGGAACAUGAGAGAUAUAUAAAUACAAAAUACGAUGACAAUCAUAGUCCGCCAACUGGCAUUGGGCAUGUGCCAUAUAUAGAACAAAAAACAUCAAUCAGGCUGUAGAUGAAGAAAAGAUCCCUGUGCUACGGGGAUUAGUGCACACCGUAGCUUGUACAUUAAAUUUCCAGUCUCUGUCUUGUACAUGCAGCUAUUUUUUGCAUCGGGCGGGAAGCAGAAUACAGAUAGAUUUUUUUGAAAAAUCAAAUCAUUCUUUCACUCUUACCAUCAAAUCUUAGAGUUCAUGUCGGGAGACUCUAAGUCAAAGAAAAAUUUUAAAUUUGCAAGAACGGGUUUUUUCACCGCUCUAAAAAAGUUGGAAAUCAUUUCAUUGUAUUAUCAUGAUUCGCCAUCGCCGACUUGAAAAUUUUAAGUUACACUGCUUUGCAUAUUAUAAAGUCCGAAC